UACGGCCACUCCUCUCUCUUAGAGACAAAGGGACUGCUAGAGAGAGAGAGAGAGAGAGAGAGGGCUGUAUCUUUAAAUUCCCCAAAUUUCUAAAGUUAGGGUUUCUUUCAUGAACGAGAGCUUUCUAAAACAGAACCCCAAAUAAAUCCCAUUAUCAAACAAAACCAUGGCGGAGCACUUAGCUUCAAUCUUCGGUACUGAGAAGGACCGAGUUAAUUGCCCUUUCUACUUCAAGAUUGGCGCCUGCCGUCACGGCGAUCGCUGCUCUCGCCUCCACAAUCGCCCCACCAUCUCUCCCACUCUCUUAUUAUCCAACACGUACCACCGCCCUGACAUGAUUACUCCCGGUGUCGAUGCUCAAGGCCAGCCACUCGACCCACGCAAGAUCCAGGAGCAUUUCGAAGACUUUUAUGAGGAUAUUUUUGAAGAACUAAGCAAAUUUGGUGAGAUCGAGAACCUUAAUGUUUGUGAUAACCUCGCCGAUCACAUGAUCGGUAACGUUUAUGUUCAGUUCAAGGAGGAGGACCAAGCUGCCGCCGCUUUGCAAUCUCUUCAGGGACGAUUUUACUCUGGUCGUCCUAUUAUCGCCGAUUUCUCUCCAGUCACUGAUUUUCGUGAAGCUACCUGCAGACAAUACGAGGAGAAUAACUGCAAUCGUGGUGGUUAUUGUAAUUUUAUGCAUGUGAAGCUGAUUGGCAGGGAUUUGCGGAGGAAGUUGUUUGGAAGAUAUCGGGGAUACAGGGUUAGUAGGAGUCGGAGUAGGAGUGUGAGUCCGAGGAGGAGGGAUAGAGAUUAUGAUAGGCGUGAGAGGGAUUACAGAGACAGAGACCGUGAUUAUCGUGGAAAUGGGAGGAGGAAUGACAGAGACGGAGGGAGGAAAAGACACGGGAGUCCGAGGAGGAGCAGGAGCCCGGUCAGGGAAGGCAGCGAGGAAAGAAGGGCCAGGAUUGAGCAGUGGAAUAGAGAGAGGGAGGAGAAGCAGUGAUUUGAAGAGGGAGAAAGUUGUCUUGGCUGGUCUAGGAGUGGAGAUGUAUGUUGGCAUUUUUCUCUUAUUGGUAAUGAUUCUAGGCUCUAGUUUGGUUUUCAUCUUUUCUUUUGCUUUGAAUAUUUGACCCUUUUUAUGAAGGAUUCGUACUAUUUUUGUUGGUACCUUUGUUAUGGAGUUAAUUAUGUCAGUUAAGCUUUAGUUUAGUGAUUAUUCUUCUUGCUGUUAAAUUGUUUUUAUGAAUCCUAUCUUUCUUGUUC